UGUAGAAUUCAAUUGGUUCCUCUUUCUAAGUCUUAGUAUUUCACUUACAAGAAUGCUUUUCAAAUUGGAAGUUCUACAAAUAUCUUUUGAUUAUCAGUAGUUGUCCUUGCUGCUAUGAAUUUCAUAUUGCCUAUAUGCCUUGGGAGUUCUACAAGAAUGCUUUUCAAAUUGGGAUUCCCUACUGCCUUAUUUCUCUUUGCAAAGCAGACAAAUAGUAGAACUUUGUUUUAAUUUCCAUCUUAUUAAUAAAAAUCUUCUGUUAUAUCUAAAACUUUAAAAUACAGAGUAGUUGCUCUAUUUGAAUGUCACAAUUCAUUGAACUGAAUUGCAAUUAUUUAAUGGAUAAUAUACUAUAUUUACUUGAUUGAACAAUUAUAUCCAUGUCACAAUUCAUAGUCCUGCCUGCUUAUCAGAUUCGCUGUAUGUUCAGCUCUCUACUUUGUAUCUAUACGUAUACGGUGUCUAUAUAGGUGUAUGAUUUACGUAUGUGUACGUAAAUGUGCUUAUCUUGAAGUAGUGUCUGAAUUCUGAUAGUUUUUUUUUUUUUUUUUUGGGUUAAUGAAAAAGGCUAGAUUUUUAGCUAUGAAAAAAUGCUAUAAUAUAAUGAUGUUCUAUAGUUGUUUAUUUCAGGACGAUUCAUACAUUGACAACUACAUUAGCACCAUAGGAGUUGACUUCGUAAGGAUUUAUGUCAAAACCAGCCAGGGUUUUGAUUCAACACUGUUCUGUGAUGCUCAUGGUUCUGUGGAGGAGUUUAAAGAUAUUGUCUUUGCAUAUGGGGUGAGUGAUGAAUUAAGCUUUGUUCUGGAGAAAGACUCUUUGCUCUAUGAAAGGCAUGCCAGAGCAUUGAGCAUAUUGGAAGGGGUUGGCCUGGUAGAAUGGACUAUAGAGAUUGUUCAAGUGCAGUUUCUAUUGUUCAAAAUUAUUUAAAUUGAAGCUGGCAAAGCCAAAUGCAUAUUCAGGUGAACUUUUAUGAUGAUGUGCUGGAAAUUGUGUUUAUUUCUAUAUUCUUCUCCUGCUUCUAGCAAGAAUUAUAUCCUAGUGGUUUUGAGUGUUUCUUUGUCUUGGAGACCUUUGUUGUUUCCACUUGCGUUAGAUGGCUAACUGGCUUUUGGUAACUUAGACUUCUACAGAAUGUUUCUUUAUGUAAGAAAUCAACAAAUUCAGUGCCUUGGAUAUCAAUGACCUUUCCUUUCAAGCUUUUAUUGGGCCCUAUAAGUUAGGUAGUCUUUGGCUGCUUGCUUUGUAUAAAGUAUGCAGAGCUUCCUAUAGAAUGAGCAAUUGAUCUCUCCUAGUACCCAAUUCUUUUUGAAAAGUGAUUACAGAUGGCAUUGAUGUGUAUCACUGCAUAUAUAAAUUGUCAGUCAUUCAUAAAUGUCCAUAACUAUUAGUGGACUGUUGAGCUUUGAGUGGAGACUUUGGGUAAACUUUAGCUCUAUGCUGUGCUUGAUUGCGCUAAAAAAUUAAGUCGGCCAACCAACGGGAUAUAAACCUGACAAAUAUACAAUCCCUUAAGUGUAAAAGUUUAAGUCAUUUAUCUUUUGUCACCACAAGUUGUGCACAAGGAGCCAAAGUGGCAAGUGUACUAUGCUCUGGAUAUGGUAUGGUCUUUAAUAGUUGGCACU